AUGUUUCACUGGAGCAAGUGGAAGAAAAGGAUGGGCGCCAGCACUUCGUCCUCCUCUUCCAAGAGACCCGUGUUCGACGAGAAGGAGGAUGUGAACUUUGAUCACUUUCAGAUCCUUCGAGCAAUUGGGAAGGGAAGCUUUGGCAAGGUGUGCAUCGUACAAAAGAAGGAUACAGAAAAGAUGUAUGCUAUGAAGUACAUGAACAAACAGCAGUGCAUUGAAAGAGACGAGGUUCGGAAUGUGUUCCGAGAACUAGAGAUCUUGCAGGAAAUAGAGCAUGUCUUCUUGGUGAAUCUUUGGUACUCUUUUCAGGAUGAAGAAGAUAUGUUUAUGGUAGUGGAUUUACUCCUGGGUGGUGACCUUCGUUAUCAUCUCCAGCAAAAUGUGCAGUUUACUGAGGAAACAGUGAAACUCUAUAUCUGUGAGAUGGCCUCAGCCUUAGAUUAUUUACGCAGUCAGCAUAUUAUACACAGAGAUGUGAAACCAGACAACAUUCUCCUUGAUGAACAAGGCCAUGCCCACCUAACGGAUUUUAAUAUCGCAACAAUAAUCCGGGAUGGUGAAAGAGCAACUGCUUUAGCCGGAACAAAGCCUUACAUGGCCCCAGAAGUCUUUCAUUCUUUUCUGAAUGGUGGAACUGGUUAUUCCUUUGAAGUUGACUGGUGGUCAUUGGGAGUGAUGGCAUACGAGCUCCUUCGUGGAUGGAGGCCAUAUGACAUCCACUCCAAUAGUCCAGUUGAAUCUUUAGUUCAGUUGUUCAGUACUGUGAGCGUCCAGUACACGACAACAUGGUCAAAAGACAUGGUGGCGUUAUUAAGGAAGCUUCUUACAGUGAACCCUGAGCAUCGCUUUUCUAGCUUAGCUGACAUCCAGACUUCCUCCUACUUAUCCAGCGUGGAUUGGGAUGAAAUCUGUGAGAAGAAAGUGGAACCGGGCUUUGUUCCUAAUAAAGGCCGUCUGCACUGCGACCCCACUUUUGAGCUAGAAGAGAUGAUCUUGGAGUCAAGGCCAUUGCACAAGAAGAAGAAGAGGCUGGCAAAGAAUAAGUCCCGGGAUAAUAGCAAGGACAGCUCACAGUCGGAAAAUGACUACCUCCAGGACUGCCUUGAAGCAAUUCAGCAAGACUUUGUCAUUUUUAACAGAGAGAAAUUGAAGAGGACCCAGGAUCAAAUGAAUGAGCCCAUUUCUCCCCCUGAAACCACUGAUGAAGCUGAAACAGAAACAGAAUCGGAAAAUUCCAACCUGAAUAUGUGUAGCUCAGUAUGUUCUUCCACUGGCAGCAGCUAGGACUACGAGGACAAGGCAAAGGAGCCAGAAGCUUGCGUGUCUCUUGAAUAAAUCAUUCUCAGGUUGCACUGACAGACAACAGUACACU